AAAAUGACUAUGCACGCAAUCUUAUCUACAUUAUUUUAGAUUUGACCAUUCGCAAAAGUAGGAACCAGACCAUACUGAACCAAACCGAACCAGAGAGGCACAGAGACCAACCUUAGCUGGUUAACGGCGGCUAAGCGACUGUAACCGACCGAACCACACAGAGCUCUCGGAGUCUUUGGUCUGUUGGCGAAUUUUGUAGCAGUCUUCUCUAUUUCUGAACUGGAAUUUCGUCUUUGGGAAUUUGAGUUUUCAUCUGAAGCGGAAGGAGAAAGAAGAUGACAACUAUGGAGAGCUUGAUUGGGUUGGUUAAUAGGAUACAGAGAGCAUGUACCGUGCUCGGUGACUAUGGUGGUGGAACUGGUGACAACGCUUUUAAUUCUCUCUGGGAAGCUCUUCCUACCGUCGCCGUCGUCGGUGGUCAGAGCUCUGGAAAGUCUUCUGUUCUUGAGAGCAUAGUUGGGAGAGAUUUUCUUCCUAGAGGAUCCGGUAUCGUUACGAGGCGGCCUUUGGUGUUACAGCUUCACAAGACGGAGGAUGGAACCGAGGAGUAUGCAGAAUUCCUCCAUCUUCCCAAAAGGCAAUUCACAGAUUUCGCUGUGGUUCGCAAGGAGAUUCAGGAUGAGACUGAUCGAAUCACAGGGAAGAGCAAGCAGAUUUCUCCAGUUCCUAUUCACCUCAGUAUCUUCUCUCCAAAUGUUGUGAAUCUGACCCUCAUUGAUUUACCCGGUUUAACUAAAGUGGCGGUUGAGGGACAGCCUGAAACCAUUGUUGAGGAUAUCGAAACAAUGGUUCGUACAUAUGUUGAUAAGCCCAAUUGUAUCAUAUUAGCUAUAUCUCCUGCCAACCAAGACAUAGCUACGUCAGAUGCAAUCAAGCUCGCGAAAGAAGUGGAUCCAACAGGCGAGAGAACAUUUGGUGUUCUCACCAAGUUAGACUUAAUGGACAAAGGAACUAAUGCAUUAGAAGUUCUUGAGGGAAGAUCAUACAAGCUGCAACAUCCUUGGGUUGGGAUAGUGAACCGUUCACAAGCAGAUAUCAAUAAGAAUGUCGAUAUGAUGCUUGCGAGACGGAAAGAGCGAGAGUACUUCGACACUAGUCCUGACUACGGUCACUUAGCCAGCAAAAUGGGUUCAGAAUAUCUGGCGAAGCUGCUCUCUAAGCACUUGGAGUCUGUUAUCAGGUCCCGUAUUCCAAGUAUCCUAUCAUUAAUAAACAAAAGCAUCGAGGAACUUGAAAGAGAGUUAGACCGAAUGGGUAGGCCUGUCGCUGUUGAUGCUGGGGCUCAACUAUACACUAUAUUAGAGAUGUGCCGUGCAUUCGAUAAGAUAUUCAAGGAACAUCUAGAUGGCGGGCGUCCUGGAGGUGACCGUAUCUAUGGAGUCUUCGACAACCAACUUCCAGCUGCGCUUAAAAAGCUUCCUUUUGAUCGACAUCUUUCUCUACAAAGCGUGAAGAGAAUCGUGUCUGAAGCAGAUGGCUAUCAACCUCACUUGAUUGCGCCGGAACAGGGUUACCGCCGUCUAAUCGAAGGGGCGCUUGGUUACUUUAGAGGUCCAGCCGAAGCUUCUGUGGAUGCUGUUCACUAUGUCUUGAAAGAGCUUGUGAGGAAGUCAAUUGCAGAAACUGAGGAGCUAAAGCGUUUCCCAUCGCUGCAAGUGGAGCUAGCUGCAGCAGCCAACUCAUCUUUGGAGAAAUUCAGGGAAGAAAGCAAGAAGUCGGUGAUUCGACUUGUUGACAUGGAGUCUGCGUAUCUAACAGCCGACUUCUUCCGAAAACUUCCUCAAGAGAUGGAAAGACCGGCGAUCAACAGCAAAAGCCAAGCCGCUUCUCCUUCUCCGGCAACACCAGACCUAUACGGAGAAGGACAUUUCAGGAGGAUAGCGUCAAAUGUAUCCGCGUAUGUCAGCAUGGUUUCAGACACACUCCGCAACACCAUCCCAAAAGCUUGUGUGUACUGUCAGGUUAGACAAGCAAAGCUCGCGUUGCUCAAUUACUUCUACAGUCAGAUCAGCAAGAGAGAGGGGAAACAGUUGGGGCAGUUGCUAGAUGAAGAUCCGGCAUUGAUGGGUAGGAGAGUAGAGUGCGCGCAGAGGCUCGAGUUAUAUAAGAAAGCGAGAGAUGAGAUUGAUGCUGUUGCUUGGGUACGAUGAUAUCUUGCUUCAAGUGUGCGAGUGUUCCAUGUUUGUCUGGUGAAUGUUUAUAUUGUUCGUUGUUGACUUGUAAUAUUGUCCGUUGACACUGUUUUGUACGUGUUAUUAUCAGAGUUCAGAGAGGCCCUGUUUGGACGUUUUGUUUAAUAAUAAUCUUUUGACUGCUAUUUGAAAACGCCACGGCACUUCAGUGAUAUGUGAUUGGGGAUUAGAAUUUUAG